AGGGAAUUCGUCCACCGCGGCGGAGUUGAGCUGAGUUGAGUUAUCUCGACUGAGUACCUUGGGGAGCGAUGCCUUCGCCAUAACAAAGGUAAUCUACGAUAAUAAACCGUCUAGUCCCCCCUCCCCUCUUCCCUUCCGCCGCGGUCCAAGGCCCUUUUCUUUCUUGCUCUUCCCUUUCCCGCAGCCGUCCGCCCCUAGCCCCGGCAGUUUUCCUAGCAGUGGCACCGCUUAUUCAGUCUGUUCACUAUCCGUGCCAAAGAAGAGAGAAAGAAGACAAAAGAGACAUGACAUCGAAAUGGUAGAACCAAUCACACCCUCAAGUAGCAAUGGCAAUCCCGGCGCCAGCGGGGGAGACGGAGAAAUGCAGGCGCCCGCGCGCAAGAGGCGCAAGAUCCGCAAGGGCACGCAGAGCUGCUGGGAGUGCAAGAGACGCAAGAUCCGAUGCACCUUUGUCGCGGCGCCGGCCGAGUCCGUCUGCGACGGCUGCAAGAGCCGCCGCCUCAAGUGCGUCAGCCAGGCGUUUGAUGAUGAGGCCACGACGACCGCCGCGGCUGAAGCAGCAGCAGCGGGUGGCGGGACUACUACUACCCGUACUGCGUUUGGCAAAGACAUAGGCACCCGCCUGGGCCGUAUAGAGACCGCUGUCCAUGACAUAGCCAAACGGACUGAUGCCGUUCUUCCGAGCCGACUUGGUGCAGAGGAAGAGCCCCGCGGCGGUGGGAAUAUAGAUGCAGCAAACCCCCCCACCCCAUCAGGGGUACGAGGUGUCCUCUUCAGAGUCGGCGGCGGUCAGGCCAAAGACAGACACGACGAGCUGUGUCGGACUCUUGUCGCCGCGUGGCCGAAGCCGGACGAGCUCGAGGUGGUUCUCGGAUUCCCCGUCAGCACGUCGGUGCUCUUCCACGGCGUCAUCUGCACGCCGUAUGCCAACUUCCUCAGCAAGGACAUGCCGACGCCGCGAGACAUGCUGCGGCUGCCGCGGUCGGGCUCGCAUCCGGUGCUGGUCGCGCGCGCGCUCCUGUUGCUGGCGAUCUUCAUGCAGGGCAUCCCGCGGUUCGCGCGAGAGGACCUCGGCGCUGGGCUGGGAGACACUGCUCUGGGCAGCGCCGGCUACGGAAAGACCAUCUCCCGGCUGGCCGAGACGGCCAACAGGCUAGUGACGAGCAACGACGACCUGGUCGGCUCGCUCGAGGGCGUCGAGACCAUCAUGUUCGAGAGCAUGUACCACAACAACGCCGGCAACCUCCGCCGGGCGUGGGUCACGCACCGCCGCGCCAUGGUGAUAGCGCAGCUGAUGGGGCUGCACCGGGCCGCCGCCGCCGCCAACGCCGCCGGCAGCUCCAACAACACGCUUAUGGCCGGCAGGCUGGUGGUGCACGAUUCCGAGACGCUGGACCGCAUCGACCCGGAGCACAUGUGGUACCGCCUGGUCAUUUCGGACCGCUACCUCUCGCUGAUGCUGGGCCUGCCGCAGGCCUCUCUCGACAGCCCGUACGGCUCGCUCAAGGCGCUCGAGGGCUGCAUCCCCAUGGAGCGGCUGGAGCGGAUGGAGUCCAUCGCCGGCGGGCUGAUUCUGCAGCGGAAUAGCGGACCUAAUAUCCACGACCUCGCGGCGACGCGAGAGAUCGACAGGCUGCUCCAGGAGGCUGCAGCGCAGAUGCCGGCGCAGUGGUGGCUGACGCCCAACGUGUCCGACAUCAUAGGCAAGGGGAACGAGGAGAACUUUGGCGAGACGCUCCGCAUCAUGAACCAGUUCACCCACUAUCACUUGCUAGCCCAGCUGCACCUGCCGUACCUCUUGCUGCAGACCGCGCCAGGCGACCAGAAGUACGACUACAGCAAGAUGACGGCCGUCAUGGCCAGCCGCGAGAUCCUGUCGCGCUUUGUGGCGUUUCGCGGCUCCAACGCCGUCACCGCAUACUGCCGGGGCAUCGACUUUCUUGCCUUUAUCGCGAGCACUAUACUGGGCCUAGCACACAUCGACGCUCGCCGCCAGCAGCGGCAGUGGGUUAGCGGAGGCUCAAUUAUUGGCUGCACGGCUUCGGUCCCUCACUUCCUCGCCCACCAGCGGCUGAGCGACCGCGGGCUGCUGGAGCGGACGCUGCAGGGCAUGGAGAAGAUGGCCCGGGGCGGCAAGGAUGUCAUGGCCGUGAACAUCGCCAACAUACUACAGCACUUGCUAGCCAUCGAGGCGGCGGCGGCUAGCGGCGUUUCAUAUAGCGCGAGCGUUUCCUCCGAGGGCACGGGGGAACCGGGUGAGCCCGAGUCCGAGUACGGCGGCGGGGGCGAGGCAGCAGAGGCAGACAGUGCGCUGCGUAUCCGUAUUCCUUACUUUGGGACCAUCACCAUUGAGAACCGCGGCGGCGGCGGCGGCGGCGAUGGCGCCUUGAGAUCAAUGAUCGAAAUCGACCAGCAGGGACUCUCUUCCUCUCGGCCUGUUACUGAAGCACGGAAUCACAGUGUCAAGCGACGCAAGCAGGAAGAAGGGCCGCGAGAGCCAUCGUCAUCGUCACAGGCCGAGCUCGCGGGCUAUCAGAUUAGCCGCCAGUCUACCAACAGCGAGUGGCAGUCGGUGCCGCUACCGUCUCACCUUGACCACCUCUUGUCAGCAGCGGGAGAGCCCGACUCUGCGUCGGCAGCUCUGGAUAGCCAGGGUUUCUUUGCCGACUGGGAGCCUGCCUACGGCGUCGAUAUGGCAGAGACAAGCUUGCUGUUCGUGCCGGGCCUCACGGCUGACGCAGAAGACUGGGCACUGCAAGGCGUGGACAUGGCUCUGUUUGACAAUCUCAUUCGAGGCGCCGCAGAGCCGACUUCGGGCUAGGUACAUGCAUACGUAGACGUGAGCCAGUGUUCUGGAGGGGCACCAGAGUGUUGAAGGAUAUCGGAAACCUUCCGAGAGAAUGAUCCCGUAGUCCGUCUACAAUGGAAGUGAUAUGCAAGCCGAGACAGAAGACGGGACAAGCCCCGCGAAUACCUUCCAGGUCGCUGGUUAUUUGGGGAGUGGGGGGGCGGCCGACUUGAUGAGCCGUGUCUGGUAUGCCGAGCAUGCUCUCUCGCGGCAGCAUCCAGUCGAUCGAUUCCCGAUACGUAUGUUUAUAAUUAGGAAGCCCCAAACAAGCAGCUUGCUGGCAGAAAAGGGGGACUGUUUCACCAAGGUAUAAACGUAUCGUAUACGACAAGCACAAGACGCUCUCGCCACCUAAGAGGUAGAGAUAGCAGAAUGUUCUAAGCCUCGGCAGGAAUCCUCGCU